AUGAGUGGAAACGCGGCAACAAUUCACGAAGAAUUAAGUAGGAUAGCUACGGGACAAGGGGUUGCACCAGCCGCCAACGAGAUGAACAUCGUCCAAGAACGGCUUCCACAGGAGACUCAGAUGAACGAGAUCAAAGCACAGCGAGCAGAGCAGGACCCUGAGCUCGACCAGCGGAUGCAGGACACGAACCACUCUCAGCACCGUACUAGUGGUACACAAGGCGCAGAGGAGACUGCCAUGAAGACUCUCUCGGACACCCACUCACAGCCGAUCAUCACCGCACCAUCGGAACAAGCCACCGCUAACAACGUCGACCUGCUUUCUGCGAUGCGCACGAUGGUUAGCGAGGGAGGAUCUACUCCGCAGCGUGCACCCUUUGCUCGUGGAGAUAUGCCUGACGUGGAGGAGCCACACAUCAUCCCAGCGGGUCCUCAGCAAGCACAGAACCCGCCAUCAGAUCCUACGCUAUCCCAACAAUUCGACUCAGCUCUAGAUGAGCUCACAAGCGGCCUCAACGACAUGUACAUUUCUGUCUUUGAUGCUGUGGUCAGCGGAGUCAUACACUUAGGGUUAGGGUUUAAGAAUAUGUGCAACUCUAGCUCCAAUGCCAUAAUGAGCUUACAAAUGUCCUCAACGAUACCCUUUACUCCUGGACACAUGCCUGACGUAGAGGAGCCACGCAUCCCAGCGGGUCAUCAGCAAGCACAGAACCUGCCGUCGGGUCGUACGCUAUCCCGACGAUUCGUUUCAGCUCUAGAUGAGCUCACAAGUGGCCUCAACGACAUGUGCAACUCUAUCUCUGAUGCUAUAGUUAGCGGAGUUAUACACGCAGGGGUAGGGGUUAAGAAUAUGUGCAUCGCUGCCUCUAAUGCUACAGUUAGCGGGGUCACACACGUAUUCAAGCCCCAACGAUUCAUUUUAGCUCUACAUCAGCUUAUGAAUGUCCUCUACGAUAUAUGCAACUCUGCAUACCGUGGACUUGGCAGAAAUGGCCCCGCCAACGUCGUGCUGCAGUUGAACGGCCCUGCCCCCGCUCCGACUCAGAACCCGACUCCGCCGUCACCAGCGAACCACGCCCCUAUACCCGGCUCCGGGUCCGCAGCCAUCCCAGCGCCCCGUGUGCAGCCGCCCCGAGAACUAUCCGGACGGGUGCACGACUAUUGGGACUUCUUGGAAGCAUGGAACGAGGGCAUCAACGAGAAGUAUGGAUGGUGA